GACGUUCUUUUUCUAGACAAGGCCCUUCGUAGAGGAGUCUCCCGAGAAGAUCUGAGUUUCCAGACAAAAUGACCGGUACAGAAAUGAUGCAAGAGAGUAUUUGGUUUGAAAAGCCAAAGUAUGAAGAGGCUGAAGCUCAAUACCAACUCCAUUUAGCCGGCGAAAGCGGUUCUGGUGGAAAGGUGUCAAGUACAGCAGCAUCAUCACUGAUUGAUGAGAUUGCCAAAGCAAGAAAUAAUAUCAAAAAAUCUCUGACUGAGGCACCUGGUUCUGGUACAACAGUAUCUGACAAUACAGUUGCAGCACUACAGAAAGAGAAUAAUGAGCUCAGACAGAUGGUACUUAUGCUUACAAAGAAAAUGAAUGAAUUAGAGUUAAGAGUAAACAAGAUUGAGGGAACAAAGCCAAGUGUAAAGGAAGAAAGUGCAAAGCCAAAAGAAGAAGAUGAUGAUUUUGAUCUGUUUGACUCAGAAUCUGAGGAAGACGAAAAAGAAGAUGACACAGAAAGAAAAAAGUUGCUGGAAAAAUACCACGAAAAGAAAUCAAAGAAGCCUGCCUUAGUUCCAAAGUCAAACAUUCUUUUGGAUGUCAAACCAUGGGCUGAUGAUACAGAUUUAGAAGAAAUGGAAAGGCUUGUCAGAGGAAUUAAAACAGAUGGUCUUGUCUGGGGUGCUUCAAAACUUGUUCCUGUUGCCUUUGGUAUAAAAAAGCUACAAAUUGCAUGUGUUGUUGAAGAUGAGAAAGUUGGAACAGACUUUUUAGAGGAAGCAAUUACAGAAUUUGAAGAUCAUGUUCAAAGUGUGGAUGUAGCUGCUUUCAACAAGGUUUGAAGUGAAAAAUCUAGUCAAGCCAAAAAUUGUUGUAAUUUGAUAAUAAUUUGAUACAUGGAUAGUUCAUUGA